CCCAGCCAGCACGUAGUCAAGCUGCUUAUGGCAAUCAAAACCACCAGCCGUGAGUUGUUCGAGACCAUUUUGAAUAAGGAGGGACUGCCAUCAUCAGAGAAUAACGCGGAUUAUAAGGUCCUGAAGAAAGCCUUGAUGUACGGAUGCCCGGACAUAGCAGGAAUUCUACUCGAUCGUGGCUGCCGAGCGAACAAUCAACUCCUCAAUGAUAACUCGCCUUUGCACCUUGCUGUUUCGAGACGCAACUGCAUAAAACUCGUUCGUCAGCUAAUCGAUUGUGGAGCCAGGGUUGACCAGAAGAAUCGCAAGGAUGAGACGCCUCUUCACGUUGCUUUCGAUUUGGCCGAAGGAAAAGUCGUCGAUCUUUUACUUGAACACCAUUUAAGGAAUCGUUUGACUAAUGAGAGCAAUCGCAUUGGCAUGACGUAUCUGCAUAUCGCUGCUAGCAGAAAGAAGUUGGAUAACGUGAGGAGACUGGUGGAGGACGGCAAGGCUCUUGUGAAUUGUCAGGUUGACAAAAAAUCUGCAUCACCAUACGCCGGUUUCACGCCGUUACACAUGGCCGUGGAGUUCAACAAUCAAAAGGUAGCGAAGCUGCUACUGCGCAAUGGCGCUGAUUUGUGGGCCUGUGAUUCCCGAGGAUCAACACCUCUUCAUCUUGCGCUUGAACGUAAGAACGUUAAGAUGGUAGAAUGUUUGUUCAAAUAUGACUUCAAAAGAGAGAACUACGUGAAUGGGUGCAGCUUAUCACACUUUAUGGCAGCAUGUAUAAUCGGAGAUCCAACCGUGGUUGCUGACUAUCUGAUGAACCCAGUGAACAGCAAGACGGCAUUGAUCAACGAACGUGUCAGCGAAUUCUCCGAUAUGAGCUAUCCAUUCAAAAACUACACGCCUCUUCACUUCGCUGCUGAAUAUGGGCGUCAGGAUAUCGUUCGGCUUUUAAUUAACAACGGUGCUCAUUGCCGAAAGAACAAACGCAACGGGGUGAUGCUGGAACAUCUUGCGGAUGUGGAUGGUUAUCAUAAAGCUGCCGAUUUAUUUGUCACGCGCUGCCUGCAACACAGUUGGAGCUUGGAUAUUAGUUCUUUAAAAAUCACCGAAGACGAAAAGCUGGAGGAUAUAAUGAUGGUAUGUGAUGAUGAUGAUGAGUCGGGAUAUUUUGAUGAUAGCAGUAGUAAUACAAGCGUAAGUUACGACGAUACCGACGAAAACCGUAUGUCGUAUGUUACCGAUGAUUCGGCCUUUUGGGAGGACGAUAUUACGGAUUAUAUAUUGUAAGAUUUUGUGCUUUAUUUCCAAUGUGUAAUAUUUAAUUUUUAUAGGUCAGUAAGUAAACCAUGUGAAGUUUAUGUAUAAAUGCCUUUAUAUAGCGUGUAACAUCCAAAGAGUGCAUCUUCUAGUCGACUCGUUUAUUGCUAGCAUGCAGUGAUAUUAAAUAUAAUACGCGUUCUCUAUAUGACUUCAAUAUAGACAAA